AUGAGGAAACAACUCAGGGUGCAGCCUCACUGGAGAGCCCUGGGCGCUGAUGCAGAUUCUGGAAUUGGGAAUCCUAAUAAAAGAGGAAACUUAGAGAAAGGGGAUAGAGUUAGUAGCAGCCAAAAUGCUGGACAGGAAAAGCAGGAUUCUAAGAGGAAGAAAGGAAAGGAGGACAAGAAUGGUGGAACUACCCUAGAAGCAGUUAACAGAAUCCAGACUUCCACCAUGGUGGAUGUAGAUGAUGUCAUGGGCUCCUUGGAAAAUGAAACUGAGGUGAUGGCACUGUUAGAAAGUGAGCAACAGGAAGAAGGUAUAAAAUCAUCUCAUCUAGGAAUCUGUGAGUGGCUUCUCAUCAUCUUAUCCCUGCUGCUCAUCAUUGCAACUUUUCCCCUCUCUAUUUGGUCUUGUACGAAGGUAGUGCAGGAAUAUGAGGGUGGUUGUCUUCCGUCUGGGCAUCUUCUUCCAGGAAGAGCCAGACACCCUGGCCUUUUCUUCUUCCUGCCCUGCCUGGACACCCACCACAAGGUGCAUCUUCGCCUCCAAACCCUAGAGAUUCCUUUCCAUGAGGUGGCUUUGGAUGCAAUCACAUGUCACUGGGGAAUCAAAGUGGAGAGAACAGAAAUUAAAGAUAUUCAACUGCCCACAGGCCUCCAGCAGUCACUGGCUGUGGAAGCUGAGGCUCAAAGACAGGCCAAAGUGAGGAUGAUUGCUGCUGAAGGGGAGAAGGCUGCCUCACAAUCCCUGAGGAUGGCAGCUGAGAUACUGUCGGGCAGCCCAGCCACUGUCCAGCUCCAUCAUCUUCACGCCCUUCAAUCCUUGUCCACAGAGAAGCCAUCCACUGUCAUCUUACCUUUGCCUUUCGAUGUCAUGAGUCUCUUGUCUCCUGCUGGCAACCGAAUGCAAGGAAACCUCCCCUUACCAAAUCCUCCCAGGCAGGCAGAAACAUGGGAUCCCUCAAAAAAGAUUCUCCCAUGUUAUGGGACUCCCAAAAGAUAA